AUGGAGAACUAUCGUUGUACAACGUUGAUGCGGUACAUAAACACUAUUGGACAAAUCGUUCGAAAUUACUUUUCGGCCACCGGUGGACUGGUGACCUUCUUUGCACCGUACAACGAAGCAUUCGAACGGAUUCCUGAACAGAUUGAGCGUCGUCUGCUCAGAGACAGAAUAUGGCUAGAGCAGGUUAGCGACUACGAUCCCGAUAUGCGCAUAUUUCAUACUUCGAAAUUGAAAAUGUCUCGUUCAGCAUACUAUGUGAUUGGUGGCGGCAUUAAAACAGCCAUCAUUCAAGACAACGUCGCAGCUACCAACGGAAUCGUGCACUAUAUCGAACGAGUUCUCGGAGUACCGUACCAAUCCCUAUGGGAGAUCCUGAGAAACGAAACGCGGCUACAGAGGUCGUACGAGAUGCUCACCAACUUGCAGUUACGCUAUGCGCUCGAUCCAUGGCAAGUGUUGACGCCAGAACAGAACUUCACGUUUUUCGUGCCGACAAACGAGGCUUGGGAUAUGAAGGUGGCACCAUCGCUCCGAGCUCGAAUGUUGGACGGCAAUCACUGGCUGGCACUCCAGUACGUCUUCAAGAGGCAUAUUAUUCAAGGACAGGCUCUGAUGUAUACGGAUCUUCGUGAACGAACAUAUGUGAUGAUGAACGACGAGAAAGUGGUGAUUCGUCGACGUGGACGAUAUUUCGAGCUCUACUGGCCACGUGGCAGCCGAGUGGCACGAAUUAUUGAAGGUGGUGAAAUCGCCGGAAUCAACGGUUUCAUGCAUAUGAUUGAGGACGUGCUCAUCUAUGAACCGGAUCUUCGUGCACAUGGCGGUUAUGUGGAAGUGUUCGACUGGAAGCUACUCAUAGCGGUCUUGUUUAUAUGUUGGCGAUUCGGCGUCGCUUAG